GGACCGCAGUGCACGUAAAUGUAAUUGGCAUGAAAAAACGCUUUGUGAGAUGUUUGUGCGUCUUCUUUAGCACGGGUGUUAUGUGGGACAAAGCAGCAGACGUCCCUAGAAACAGUAAAAAAGUAGAACCAUUUAAUAUUUAUGGAUCCAGAGUUGUGCGGGUGCCUUGGGUAAACGAAGUCGAUUGACGCGCGCGUUAAACCAGUCGCAUGUGAUUUCCAGCUUCAGUCAUUUUGGCAGCACGAUGCGAGAGAGAGACAGACACGGAGCUGUGAAACUGGACCCUCUGCCAGAGAUGUCGACGGAGAGGAAUCCCUGAAACCGCCGCUACCCAGGAAAUAUGGACAAAUCUGGUUUUCUGUGCGAGUGCUGGCUGUUUUUCUGUCGGUUUGUGCACAUCGCUACAGAGUGUAGUGGACCAGGAUGCCGUGUGGGCGAUGCUGCCACAAGGGAUACAUUGUGAUUUCGCAGAGAUGUUUUAACAACCCUUGCAUAAAUUAAAAUAAGAAAGAUCGUCACACAAGGGAUUGGAGUCCAAAGGAUCUAAAACAUCACCACCUGUUACUAGAAAAUCAGCACAGCCACCGAUCAGGGACCGCCAGGAGUGAAACCCUUGCUACACGACAGCCUCAUUCUGCUCUUCAGGACCAGCUCUUCAACACUCACAGCCGGCCAGGAGAGGUGACAGCACUGCUCUCCAACCACCCAAGUCUGACAGCCAUGAUUUGGGGAGGCCCUCUGCUACAGCUCAGAUCAGGGAUCAGCUCACUGCUUGAUGGCUAGAUCUCACCGUACAAUGAGCUGGGGGCCUUUCUACUGAGUAUCUCUCACUGCGUAGUAGCACAUGGAUUUCAAGACUUCAAAUGAAGAGACAAAGACUGGGAUUUAUUUGAUGCAAGAAGGUAAUGAGGAGCCCUUUAAUAUUCGACUACACUUGGCCAAAGAUAUUCUGACCAUUCAAGAACAAGAUGUCAUCUGUGUGUCAGGAGAGCCCUUUUAUUCAAGUGAGAGGACUGUAACGAUCAGGAGGCAGACAAUUGGAGGGUUUGGCCUGAGCAUCAAGGGUGGAGCAGAGCAUAAAAUCCCUGUUGUGAUAUCAAAAAUAUCAAAAGAACAAAAAGCUGAACUCUCCGGGCUGCUUUUCAUCGGAGACAGCAUCCUUCAGAUAAAUGGAAUAAACGUUAGAAGUUAUCGCCACGAGGAAGUGGUCCAGGUUUUGAGAAAUGCUGGUGAAGAAGUGACUCUUACCGUCUCUUUCCUAAAGAAGACUCCUGCCUUUCUGAAACUGCCUCUGUGUGAGGACUGCACAUGCAUCCCCAGCGACCACAGUAGUGGGACCUCCUCUCCUCUGUGUGAUAGCGGCCUGCACUUGAACUACCAUCCUAACAACACGGACACGUUGUCCUGCUCGUCCUGGCCCACGUCCCCGGGGCUUCGCUGGGAGAAGAGAUGGGUGGACCUACGCCUUAUUCCACUGCUUCACUCACGCCUGUCGCAGUACAACCCGGGCUCUGACGUCUGCAGGAAAAAUGCUUUCCAUGUCAUAGCUGUGGACGGAGUGUGCAGCGGAGUUAUACAGUUCCCCACAGCUGAAGACUGCUUGGACUGGCUUCAGGCAAUAGCGAGCAACAUUUCCAGUCUCACCAAGCACAAUGUAAAGAAGAUUAACCGAAAUUUUCCAGUUAACCAGCAGAUUAUCUACAUGGGCUGGGUCGACGAGAAGGAGCAGGACUCCGUUCAGGACCGAAUGUAUUCACCAAAGUUCCUCGCUUUGAGGGGUUCCUCACUCUUCAAGUUUUCAGCACCCCCUGUGACAACAUGGGACUGGACCAGAGCAGAGAAGAGCUUUACUGUGUAUGAGAUAAUGUGCAAGAUUUUCAAGGAUAAUGACCUUCUGGACAAGAGGAAGCACUGCUUCAGCGUCCAGACGGAGAGCGGGGAGGACAUGUUCUUCAGCGUGGAACUGGAGUGCGAGCUGCUGAUCUGGGAAAAGGCUUUUCAGAUGGCCACUUUUCUUGAGGUGGAGAGGAUACAGUGUAAAACGUAUGCCUGUAUCAUGGAGAGCCACCUUAUGGGACUGACAGUUGACUUCAGCAAUGGCUUUGUGUGCUUUGAUGCAGCUUCAAAGGCGGUCCUGUGGAGAUACAAGUUCUCCCAACUAAAAGGAUCAUCUGAUGAUGGAAAAAGCAAGAUCAAGUUUUUAUUCCAAAAUCAAGACUCCAAAUCUAUUGAAGCAAAGGAGCUGGAGUUCUCAAACCUCUUCGCCGUGCUUCAUUGUAUUCAUGCUUUUUUUGCUGCCAAAGUCGCUUGUCUGGACCCGAUGUUUGUGGAGAGCCAAGGCACCGCGACUACCACUGGGUUUCCUUCUCUUUCCAGUAUCUCGUGUAAUUCACAGACACCUAAACUCAAAUAUACCACCUGACAGGCCCUUCUAAAAGGAUGCUGCACUUAAAUUGUGGCAGUGGCCUAAAGUGGUGAACAGGAGAACUGGAACAUGUUCAAAUCAUGACAUUAAGGGUGGACAGCGGUGGAAUAAAAAACCUCUUUGAGAGGGAUAUACUUGAUAUCUUGGUAGAAGUUUCAGAUUCCUAGGAUUUCUGGAAUAAUUGUGGACCUAACCAUCAACCUCUACUUUGGGAAACUUCACACAAAGACGCUGUGGACACAAAAUGUGUGAUUGAAAAUGUUUUUAAGUGAAUUUGACCCUCAGAUACCACGGUGAUCAAAACAUCACAAAGAAAAAUGCCGUUCUUUUCCCAAGGUAGUCUGCUUUUCUAAGUCAUUUUAUUCAAGAUUUGGGGAGUUAAAACAAAUCAGAUUUUAGCCUUUUUUUCCCACGUCGGACGGUACAUGACUUGAACUUCUUGUUUGUCUUGACACUGCAUAUGAUGAGGCUUUCUAUAUUUCUAUUUCUUUGUGUGUUUUUGAGUUUAAAAUGUUUACUUACAGUCAUACUUGAAUUAGUACAAUUUAAUUUCCACUGGAGUUUAAUUGAGAGUCCAACUAAAAGCUAAAUGGCGACAUAAAUCUGAUAAUGAAUCGGAAUUUUGACAACAAUUACACAGACGUUUGCUGGCAUCUUUGGUAGGAUUAAAUGAACGCUUUAGAUGUAUUUGUGUAUCAAUAUACGGAGUAACCUCAUUUAUGUUUCUCUGUAUAUGAC